AAGAGCAGAUUUCUUCUCGAUAUGACUUCAGAGGCCACUUAUGCUGAAUUGAGUUUCAAAAAUGAAUCGAAGUCCUCAGGCACCAAAGAAAGGCCUCCUGCAGCUCCCAAAGAGAAGACCAGCCUGAACAAAAGUAAUCCCGGUUUUCCCAAGCUACUUUUUGCCUCAUUGCUGGUGCUUCUGCUGCUGUUGGCAAUCUCAUUUUUUAUCGCUUUUAUCAUUUUCUUCCAAAAAUAUUCUCAGCUCCUUAAAGAAAAAAAGACUGCAAAAGAGCUCCCUCACACGGAAUUGGAAUGCCUGAAAGAGAAUGUGACCAUGGAAGGGAAAGAUUGGAGCUGCUGCCCAAAGGAUUGGAAGCCAUUCAGUUCCAACUGCUACUUUAUUUCUAAUACAAUGAGAAAUUGGACGGAGAGUGAGAAGAACUGCAUAGCAAUGAAGGCUCACCUGCUGGUGGUCAACACCAAGGACGAGCAGGAUUUUAUCAUCCAGAACGUGGAUAUGUCUCUUGCUUAUUAUAUAGGGCUGUCAGACCCAAAGGGAAAAAGAGAUUGGCAAUGGGUUGAUCAGACACCCUACAAUGAAAGUGUCACAUUUUGGCACUCCAGUGAACCCAAUAAUCUUAAUGAGCGUUGUGUUAUAUUACAUUUUCGUCACGGACCGAGAGAAUGGGGCUGGAAUGAUGUUCCUUGUAAUGGACAUCACAAGUCACUUUGCAAGAUGACGAAGAUCUACUUAUGAAUGGGACAUUCUGCAUGAACAUGUGGUUGAAUUGGAACCCACCAUUACAGAGAUAGCUAAUUUGCUCUUUUUAUUCAUGUGUAAAUCUUGUGGAAGGAAGCUCCAUAGAAGUUUUCCAUAGGCUGUCACCUUUUCCAUUUAUGAGAGAAUCAGUAUACGCAUUCAUUCAUUUCUUCCUUCUCCAUGUGCAGAGAUCAUAUUUCUGCAGACAGAUGGAGGAAGCAUGAGCCUCCUUUCCUAAUUUUGAGGAGUUAGGCAUUGACGUAAUUAUACAUGAUAUUGGUAUAAUUAUAUGAUGGGGUUCCUCUCUCUGUCUGGAUUUUUUUUUCCACGAGAGUGAUCAAAAGCAGAAUAAUCCCAACUAUUACUUUCCAUUUCUCUCAGACAUUUAUCAGCUUUAACUGAAGCAUGUUAUGUGCCAGUUGGAAUAUGAUACACAUCAAUGGAACUUAGUUUCUGGCUUUGGCCCAGUAGACCAUUUGGGAUUCUUAGCAUUCUCUGCUCAUUCUUGGACUGUCACUUAACAUCAGGGUGCACUCAGAGGGAAAUCCAAAACUGAACAUUAGAGAUUUAGAAGUUAUUAUUAGUGAGUUGACAUAGAUGUAUAAUCAUUAGGUAUUCUGAUAGUUUUUUUUUUUUUUUCCUUAAGUUUUAUAGUUUCUGUGUGUAGAUUGCCACUCAAAAUGGCUCCUGGUUUAUUUGUAUUCCCCUUUGCACUGAAUUCUUACAGAUCAUUUUAUUUCAACUACAACAUAAAAUAGAUUUAUAAUGAA